GUGUGUGUUCGUGUGUGAAUACCCCUAUCGCUUGAUUAUUUUGAUUAGAGCUGCUUGGGGGAAGGGGGACUCUCACGUCCUCCUGCCUGUCAAUGGGAAACCUCUCUGUUUAAUAUUGUUUUUGAAGCUGGAAUAAAUGAUCAAAGGCUCCUGUCCAGUUUUCAGCUGAAUGAAUCAAUUAUCAUACCGUCUUAUGUUUAUUGCACUGCAGUUACCAAUAAUAGCAGCCCCAGUGCAGUCUGGCAUUUAAAAAGCCCCCCCCCAACAGGAACCCCCGAUAUUUGCCCGUCUUUUCCUGCAGGCGAGGCUCCGGGAUUACAAAAGAGGGGGCUGGGACUGGUUGGUGUGCGUGUGCGCGCGGGCGCAGAGAAAUAGUAAGACAAAAAGACGGCGAAAGAGAGAGUCUGCUUUAAAAUUAACUGCCUCUGAUUCUUCCUCUCGCUCCCACCCCCCCCCAAAAUAAAUCGGUAACACAAAAAGUCCCUUUGUAUCGCUCUGGUUCAUUUAAUAUUAUUUAUGCAUUUUGCAAGGAAUUGUGGGAUUUCGCCCCCUCUCAUUCUGUCUUCUCCUUCCCCCUCCCAACUCCAAUUGUAAACAAUAUAGGAACCCCCCACCAGUGUGUACUGGAGCCCUUCUUCAGGCGAAGAUAUAAAAGGAAACAGAUUAGCAAGACAAGGGGUGAUGAAUCUAUCCCUUGUUUAGAAGACGAAGGUAUUCCUGCAUUCCUUCUUUUUUAUAUAUAUUUAAAAAGGCUCUUGAGAAGCAGAGGACGCUGCAGCUUUAAAAUCAAGAGGUGGGGGCAUUGGGAAACGGGAGGAGGGGGGCUGUUCCUGUCAUUUACUAGAGUGCUACUGUAUCACGUGUGCAAAAGGCUCUUCUGUCAUUGGCCAAAGGCACGUGUCUAGGAUACCGGCCUUGCAACGUCACUUGAGGAGCUCUAUUAAAAAUAAGAACAAAAAUCCAGAGUGAAAGUAUUUCAGGUUCAGUUUAAGUGGCUUCUAAAUUUACACCCCCACUAUAGGUAGCCAGGGAAAGCGAGUCCGGAAGAGCAAGAGAGAGAGAUUCCCCUCUUAUCUCCUCCUGUGCAACUUGGAAUAUUUGGCUCAAAGGCAGGGAGGAAGCCAGAGAUCGGCUGUGAUUGUCCAGAUGCCUCUGUGUGUCUCAAGCCUGCGCUUGCCUUGUGCGCUGUAGAGAGGAGGAAGGCACUUUCUCCAGCUCAGCAGAGGGGGCUCCAUUGACUUUUCCCCCGUGGAAGGAUCGUCACCAUUUUUUUGUCAGGUUGCCGCCAGUCUCUUCUCCACCCUCGGAAGCCGGACAAGAGUGGGGGCGGGGGUGGCGGAUGAAAGUCCUAAUGAUGAAUACAUUGUGGGGCAAAGAACGCAGGAGGGGGCUGCAGAACUGAAAGGCUGGAAGGGGCAGAAGGAGGAACCAACUACAGCAGCCGAAGGGAGAAGGAGAAGCGGCGGCAACAUAUAUAUAUCUAAAAUAUUUUCAGUUAUAUCUGGCUCGCUUUGCAAAGUCUGGAUUUGGAUUGCUCCGCGGACCCAGGCGGAAGGGGGUGUGGAGGGGGGGUAACCCAAACCGAGCAGCCCCGAAGCGCGCGCAGACAAAAGCGGGAGGGGAACAACAUUUGGGGACUCCGUGGUCGGCAUGGAGGAGAACGAGCAGCGCCCGGGCGCCGAAGGAGGCGCCGAACAGCCGCCGCCGGAGGAGUCCAGCAGCGGCAGCGACGGGGAGCCCAGCCGGCGGAGGGCGAUGCUCCUGCCCCGGGCGCUCCAGGAGCCCGGCAACCAUCCGCACCAGCACCCGCCGCACCGAAUCACGAACUUUUUCAUCGACAACAUCCUGCGGCCGGAGUUCGGCCGGAGGAAAGACGGCGGUACCUGCGGCGGCGGCAGCAGCGUUAACCCGGAGCAGCAGCAGCAACAGCAGCAGCAGCUCCUCACCGCCCGGAGCCCCUCGGCGGCGCCAGCCUCCGGUUCCCCGACCGACGGAGGAGGAGGAGGCGGCGGCGGCUCCAAAGCUCUAGCCCCGGCUAAGAAAGGCGGCGACUCUGGCGCGCUCGACGGAGCCUUGAAGUCCCGCGGCAGUGGCAGCAGCGGCGGCGGUGGCGGCGGCGGCGAUCAGUCGCUGAGCUCCGACUCGGACAGCUCCCAGGCCAGCUCCUUCCCCAGCGCGCAGCCCAUGCUGUGGCCAGCCUGGGUCUACUGCACCCGCUAUUCGGACAGGCCUUCGUCAGGCCCCAGAUCCCGCAAACCAAAGAAGAAGAACCCCAACAAGGAGGACAAACGUCCCCGGACAGCCUUCACGGCGGAGCAGCUGCAAAGACUCAAAGCGGAGUUUCAGACGAACAGAUACUUGACAGAGCAGAGGAGGCAAAGCCUGGCUCAAGAACUCAGCCUCAACGAGUCUCAGAUCAAGAUCUGGUUUCAGAACAAGCGGGCCAAAAUCAAGAAAGCCACCGGCAACAAGAACUCCCUGGCGGUUCACCUCAUGGCACAAGGACUGUACAACCACUCCACGGCCUCGAAAGACGGCAAGUCAGACAGCGAGUAGAUGGGGGGGGGGGAGCCAGGGGAGGGGAGGGGAAGGGGCGAGUCAGAGUUUAUACAAUGCAAUAAUUUAAUUAAAAACAAAAACAAAUAAGGGCCAGUGUAUAAAAAACUAUACCAGCAUAAAUAGUGGGGAAAUAUUGUGUAUUAGAUAUAAUUCUGCAAUAUUCUGUAUAUAUAUAUAAUUUACAGGUAAGGUGUUGUAAAAAAAAUAUCCAAAAUAUCUGAUUAUAAAAUAUUUUUUGAUUUUCUUUUUGUUCUAUGGAAAUUUUAGAUGCUAACUUUAUCAAUUUUUUUAAAAGCUUAAGUUACCUUUUUAUAGACUUAAGCACUGUUUUAAAUGGACACUGGACACUGUUUUUUGAAAUUCAAAAUAUUAAAGACAACUUUUGCUGAAGUCCAAAGAUUUUUAUUGCUGCAUUUCACGAGGCUGUGAACCGAAUAAAUAGUUCUCCUAUUUGUUCUAUGAGUUUUAACGUUUCUUUUUUUCUUUUCUUCCUCUUGUGUUUGCCUUUGGGAUGGGUAUAGAAGAACUUUAAUUAUCACAAUAUAAAUUAUAAGCUAACUAUGUAAACAUGCCGCCCGUUUGCAAGUAACACAUUCAGAAAUCGGGGGAAAGAAGUACUGAAACAUGAUGUUAAGCCUUAGGAACGUUUCUUGAAUUUAUCCUCAUUUCUCCAUUAGACUGGAGUAAAGGAUGUGUGUGUGAGUGAGGGGAGGUAGUAUUUAGAGACUCAGAAAAAGUUGGUAAACAAAUAGUGGCCGACUUCAAUCAAGGACAUGUUAAUUCGAUAAUUAUUCCCGCCUAAGGAGCGUGAUGGGAAAAGUUUAGAAUAAAACCUCGUAACUUCCGGGACCGUGUCCUGGGAAGUAAAAAGGGAAGAAGGUCUUUUCUUUGUAGUUUUAGGAUGGACAUUGCCCAGUGUGAGAAGCCAGAGGGAGGGUAACCCCACACGCUUCGGAGCUUGCCUUGCUGUUGUGUCCCAUUAGCUCAUCUGCUAGUUCCCUACAUUGUUUUGCUUUGGCGCUUGCUCGUUGCUUCUUUUUAAAGUGCUGCUCAGAAAGCAGCUUGGCCUGGCGCUUUAGCUUUGCAGUGCUGUGGACAAAUGUACCAGGCCCCUGUGGCAUCUGUGGGGGCGGGGAGCCAGUGUGUGCGUAUAUGUUUGUGCACAUAAGAGAGUUGGGGUGAGGAGUCUGCAUCACUAGCUUUUGGGCUAGGGAAGGCUUUUCCAUGCAACCAGCCUGGCUCAGGAAAAGAACAAAUCUAGAGGGAGGGAGGGUGGAGAGAGAGUUAGGGCACCUUUUCAGCUUAACUGACUUCUAUUAUGCAAGAGGAUAUAAAAGGAGGAGGGUUAGGGUUGUCUCUAAAGUCUCUUGGUUAGAAACUGGCCUUUUCUUUUAAGGGGAAAUAAUCACUAGCCCAUGUUGGAAAAAAGUUGCCUUUCAUUCCCGAAAAUGGGAGAGAUUUUUAAUUGAGCACAUACAUUAUGAAGAAUUGUGAAGAAUUCAUAAAAGUCAUAAUGAUUUUUGUGUAUUUCUUAUUGCCCCCCUUUCCUUGCCCAACAUUUUUAAAUUUUCUGAUUCUAAUGUGAGAUACAGUGAAGCUAAUUAUUUGUAUUUUAUUCAGAAUUUUCUCCCACACUUCAACCCUUCUCCUUUUCUUGGGGAAAGGAAAAGUCUCCAAAAUAUUGGCCAGAGGUCUCACAUGGGAGGAUGCUGUACAAUUAUUCAGGACUAUAGUCUUCUUGAUUGUUGAGGUUAAACUUCUCGCUUUGCCUUAAAAACUCUCUUUAUUUCACAAUUAUAGUAGACACAUAUUGUACAUAGUAGUAUCAACUUUGAAAAGAAAGAAAAGAAAGUAUACAACCAAUGCUGUAAUUUAAAAUUCUGUGAAUAAUCAUCAGCUGCUUAGGAGACAGAAAUCAAUGACAUUGCCUUUUAGCAAGAAAACAAAGGUGUUUUUCAGUUUAUAAAACAUGUGCAUUUACAAUUCGCAGUAUCAAAUAUUUAUAAACUUAUGAAAUAUGAAUGUUUCUAUUUACAACUGUGGUCUCAAAAUUGUGGACAAUUUCACUGCAUUUUGUGUGUUUAAAUCUUUGAAGACUGCAUUAAAUAAAAAAAACCACAUUUAUUAUGAAA